UGAAUCCUAAUCUUCCAGUACUUUGCUGCAAAUGGAUAGAAGCAGAUCGUCUGGGGCAUCAUGGGCGGAUCAAUGGGACUACAACGCUCCAGCAUAUCAAUCCAGUAACACCAGUAACGGUAGUGGUGGUAUGAGCUCCAAUAAGUACGGUAAGAAGGUCGGAGAAGGGUUGGAGAAAACAAAAGCCGUCGCUUCUACGGGUUUCAGGAAAGUCAAGGCAGGUACCUCUGUUGGCUUCCAUUGGAUCAAAGACAAGUACCAGAAAACCACCCAGAAGAACUAAUAAUUGAUCUUUUUACUUGUAAGAUUGAUG